AUGACCAUGUCAUUAAAGCUUGAUAAAGAUGAUCAAGGCACUUCCGUGGACAUCACAAAAUACCGAGGUAUGAUCGAAUCUCUUCUUUAUUUAAUAGCUAGUAGGCCUGAUAUUAUGUUUAGUGUUUGCUUAUGUGCUCGUUUUCAAUCUAAUCCUAAAGAAUCUCACUUAAGUGCCGUUAAAAGAAUUUUUUGUUAUCUAAGUGGAGCUAGAACUUUAGGACUUUGGUAUCCAAAAGGCACUCACAUUGAUUUAAUUAAUUACUUGGAUGCCGAUUGGGCUGGAUGUAAUGUUGAUCGUAAAAGCACUAGCGAAAAUUAUCACUUUCUAGGCUUUACACUUGUAUCUUGGUCUAGUAAGAAACAAAAUUCCGUUGCAUUAUCAACCGCGGAGGGGGAAUAUAUCUCGGCGGAGUUAUUAAUGAAAAUUCAAUAUAAAAAAAAGGCAUCCGGAAGCGUCAUAUCCAGACCAGACGGUUCGGACUGA